UGUGCACAUAUAAGCUUUUCUUCGAGUAUGGUGUGACAGUGCUUGUUUACGGGAUGGAGGGGUCCCAGCGAGCUGAACUGCUCUCCUCAUUCAGGAAGUUUCUGGAUAAAUUUUGUAAUGAAAUAGACACUUCUGUAACUGAUGAAGAUGACCCACCAAUAAGAUUGAUUUGGGAUUUUGUGUUGACAUCAGAAAUCGAAGGAGAAUGCUUGUACUGGGUGCAGCAGUACCUUGCUCAGUUCGAGUGUCCCAGUGUUCUUUCAUGUCAUAUUGCGAGAGCCACGUACCUUCGCAUAACGAAGCUCGAUGUACGACCCUUCUACGUAGAAAUAGAUGACGACGAUGACGACGACGAUGACGACGACGAAGAUGAUGACGAGGAGGAAGUCAACAUCACUGAAAAUAAUGGUAGCGGAACAUCGCAAAACUCCGAGACCCUUGUACCUCAUAUAGAUUCUCGUCGCCUGUUGAAAGAAGUGAUCAGGAUUGUCCAUGAUAUUUGUAGAGUAUGGCAGCAGUCGUUCCCUGCACUACUUUUACCUCAGCACUCACUACAAGUGUGUUCCUACGCUAUCAAAAAUACUCGCCGCAAAAUGGAGGACAAACAUGUGAUCAUGCCAGAUCUCAAUGCACUCUUUAACCUCAAGGAUGGUCCUAGUCAGUCGUACUACGCAGUGUUUGACGGCCACGGAGGUGUGGAAGCAGCUACGUACACAGCCAGCCAUCUUCACUGCAACUUCAUCCAUGAUAAGGAAUUCAACAGCGAUGUUGCCAAAGCUAUCAAAAACUCCUACAAAUUAACAGACGAUUGGUUCUUGGAAAGAGCUAAAAGAGAUAAACUACGGAGCGGUACAACAUGUGUAACAGCUCUGUUACAAGACUCACGCAUCCACAUAUCAUGGCUGGGGGACUCACAGGCUGUGCUGGUGCGGAACGGCGGUGCUGUCACUCUCAUGAACCCUCACAAGCCCGAGAGCCCGGAUGAGAAAGAGAGAAUUGAAAAGCUUGGAGGAGUUGUGUUGCAUUAUGGGACCUGGCGGGUAAAUGGCAACAUUGCGGUGUCCAGGGCGAUAGGUGACGUUAGUCAGAAACCGUACAUUAGCAGCGAUGCCGAAGUCUACAGCUUUGACCUUGACGGUAAAGAAGACUAUCUGGUGUUAGCAUGUGACGGAGCAUGGGAUGUUCUGACAUUCGAGGACUUGCCGGAGAUAGUGUACAAUCAUAUUCAGGAAAACCAUGGCGAUCGCAGCACAGUUGCACACAGACUUGUCAACUACGCCAGAGAUAAUGGGUCCAAUGACAAUAUUUCCGUUAUCGUUGUGUUUCUUCGAGAUCAGAUCUCGGCUCCCAAAACAAACAACGCAAGUAUUGAUCGUGUUAGAGCAAAUGGUUCUGAAGGGAAGAAGAGACAUGGAAGUGGAUCCGAUAAAUCGUCUCGUCACAGUAACGGGAAAGGAAACUUAGAACCCAGUUUGCGAAAUUCAAACAAACAAAGCAAGGAACGUAUCUCCAAAGAUAACGAAAGUCGUUUAACUCAGGAAUUUCAUCAUCAAGAAGAUCAUGUGAAAUUGCAUUUGAAACAAAACAUUUCCACGCCAGACAAGGGGAAGCAGGGAAACAAGUCUAGUCAGGACUGGUUCUGGAAGUCGGUGCAUUCUUUCUUGACUUUCUUAAAAUUGUCAAAUCGAAAUGUGUCUACAGAAUCCGAAGACAAGAAAAACAUGCCACAUGAUAGAAAAACAGAAAAAGAAACAGCUUUAAGAAGUUGUUGACUGUCCGUUUUAAUCCCCUAUUUAUUUAUCCAGAGUUCUUCGACAAGUUUAUAGUCUUGCUUAUUGAUAUUUCAAAGCAAAACAAGCCUCAAUAUGAAAUUAUGGGGUUGGGGGAACUGUGUUUCUAUUGACCAAUGAAGUCCUAGACUUUUCUGGGACCCUAUCUACCUCAAGGGAACCAAGAGAAAACCAAGGCAGCAAAAUGAAAGCAUCCACGAACAAAGGGAGAUCACUCCACACUAAGGGGCGAUAACUAACAAUUCUAGAACAAAGGGAAGUGGCUAUAGUGAGCGAGCCAGAUUAAUCAGGAAGGCAUUUCGCUUGAUUGUUUUCACAAAUGUGUGCAAGAGGGCAUUUUAUUAGAUAGUUAGAAAGCCUUGUGUAAGCUGACCUACAGUCAUGGGACAUAAGUAUCCGUCAGUUGGCAAAAUUCUCAUAGACUUGCAUGUUAUUUUAGUGUAGCUGUAAUA